GCUGGUCGUUCAGCUGUGUUCGAGUUUGGUACCGUUCAUUCACAGUUUAUACCCUAAAAUUAUGGGAAUUCUAGCAAGUCGAGGCAUCGAAUAUGAAGACAGUUAUCGCUCCUUCUCUGAGAAAGAGCGUCAACAGCUUCUGUCGCUUUUUGAACGGCUUGCUACGGAGAAUGAGCAUGGUAUUAUGAAAAUAGAGUUUGAACCUUUUAAGGUGAGUUUGAUUUUAUGAUGAACAAGAGAGAACGAUCAGUUGUUCGAUCGACAGCAUUUUGUGUCCAGUAUCUUCUGAACGACGAAAGGAAACAUGAAACUGCAAUUUUGACACUGUUCAAAGUUUCCAGUAGCGCGCAUGCAGGUGUCAAUUCAAAACCCAUGGGAUUGUGUUCACCUUCGAUAAAAACCAGCUGCUUCUCUCUCUUGUCUGACAGUUUUCUUUGUACCUUUGAAUGGUUAUCUUUUGUCGUUUCCUGUUUAACACUACCGCGAAUUGAUUUAACCUUUUUCCCCGGCCCAGGGAUGCGCUUAUUAGAUCUGUAGUUGGCUUGACUUAUGUCUCACUCAGUGCCGGGGGAAAUUCAACAGCAUAUAUGAAUAGCUGAGCUAAAGGAAACAAAUGAUAUGUGCAAACAAUACAGCCUUAUGAAAACCCUAAUUAAUGCUCAGAUGUGAAUAAUUAUGAAAGUACUUGGCUCUUGGAUCCCUGGUGCAGGAUGGCUUUGCAGAUACUGACAGCCUAAAAUAACCCAGUGGUAUCAAUAAUGGAGAAUUUUAUAUUUGUAUCAGUGACAUUUUAAGGAUUUUUUGUUGCAUAAUCAUUAAGGUACAAAUGUGUCCCAUAAAUAGAAAUUGCCUUUGGGCCAAAACCCAUACAUGGCAUCCUUGUAACACUGUGUGUUAUUUGUAUACUAAGAAAAUCUUAAUUAUUUGCCUACUGUGGGCACGCAAGUGAGUGUCAGGAGUUAGAGCAUGCUUAUGACUUGUGAUCAUUUACAGAAAAUAUACAUUUUCAAACAUAAGAUAAUCUGCCUCUUAUUGUCAUCAAAAAACCAGACUGCCAGAUUGAAAUAAGUUAGUAAUUGUCAGUGAAAAUUACAUUUGUCACACUCACCUCUGUUUUCACCAAUGCACUUCCCCACCACCCAAUAAAACCAUCAUAACACAAAAUGAUUUUUUUAUUAUUAUUUUUGCAGGAACAUGUAGCAUGGCUUCUGCCAGAGCCGAUUACUAUCCGUUUCUUCAAGGAAAUGGACAAAAUUCAACAAGCUCGUAGAGCUUUGAAAAAUCCCUUGCCGAGUGGUCAAGUAGCAAAAGUGGCUUUUUUUGUUUCCAUGUCACAUGUUUUCAAACAAAGCAGGGAAGAAAAGGCACACAUUUUUUACUACUUAUCUGCUGAUGUUGAUCAAGUUGUAACUAGUGUAGAGGUAGAAGAUCUUUGUAAAAUUCUUUUGGAGUGCUAUGUAACUGCAUUAAAAAAGACAAUACUUGGUUCAAAAUGGAAACUGAUGACAAACCCCGAGGCAAAUCAUAGGUUUGCAAAGAAUGCAGUCAAGGAUCUUCUUGGCAAGAAAGCUGAUCCCAGCUGUGUUGCACUUGAGGAAUUUCUUCCCUGGUUUAAUAAGUUUCCCAUUAUAGAGAAUUUGUUUCUGGCUGUGAUGAGGGCUUGUUUUUUGGAUGUGGAGAGUCUUGUGGAAGAGCAGCCUCAUGGACUGGCAGAAGGAUGUGAGGAAAGUGUUGCUCAUGUUCAAUAUGACAGGUCAGUCAAAUUUGCUCAUCUACUGUUUACUAUAUGUUAUGCUGAUGUUGGUUGUUAAGUAAACCAAACUUUAUAUACUUUUUAAAUGUGGCCAAGGUAGUUUUGGCAAAGUUAACCUUGAAGCAAAUGCUGGUCAGCAGUUUUCCCAGCUAUGAUGGGGGUGGCCCGAUGCCUACAGCAGGGGCAGCAGGGGCACUUUGUGACUUGUAUACACAGUUCCUUGCUUGCAGUUCUUUGCAAAGUGUAUUUGCUAGCCUUGUUACUUGCUUGCCAUUUUUGUUCUGUGUUUUUCCCAACCCUCCCUUCCCUCUUUAGUUCAGGGCCAGGUAUUACUAAGUACUGGUCGGUAAGUAUUCCACUGAACAGUUCAGUGUGAUGGUGCCUGUGGGGCUGCUUGCAGGGUUGCCAUGAAUAUCUCCUUCCUCAUGCUAGAGCAUUGCCCAGCUCUACCAACUUUGUAGGCACCAGCACCCAAGCUCAUCUAUUGAUGAUGAGUUUAAUUAAUAAAAAUGAAUUAAUCACAAACUGGUAUAACUAAAAUUAAUUCAGUCAUUGUUUACUACAACCAAUUAAUAGAGAGGAGAAGUUGUUACAUCACGUUGCCAUGGUAGCAAAAUUUCUAGAUGACAACAAACCAAAAGGUCUCUUAAAAAGUGGAUUCACACUGUUUCAGACUUCAUCAAUCUUAUUUAAUUUCAUUUAAUUUGUCAAAUGUUGAUGAAAUUUUAUGUGGGAUAAAUCAACCUAUUCUUUUUUUUGCUGUUCACCGUUGCCGUUGCAAAAACUCCAUGUUGUUGUGAUCCAGAAAUGUUCCUACCAUAGUAACGUGAUGUCACACCUCCCCUCUCUAUAAGACAGAACUUUUUUCUUGUUGAUAAUGUCAUCAUGAUGAAUUUUAAGCUUGUCAUUUAAUGACAAAGAUGAUUUUUCAGUCACUAGUGAGACAGGUGGCUUGGAAGAAAAACUCCAAGGCCUCCCAAACUGGGAGUCGAACCUAUGACCUUCUGGUUACUAGUCCAGAUUCUAUACCACUAAGCUACUGGAGACUCGUUAUAGCUAAGGCCAAUAAACUAUCCCUAUGUGACAAAUACUGCAUACUGCUUGGACUAGGACUUCUAGACAUCGAGAGAUAUUGAGCGACAUUUACAGCAAACGGCAAACAUCAGCUUCAAGCUGAGAAUUUCUCAGAAAAGAAAAUGUGGGCCUAAAAACAGUCCAAACCAAUUGCUCUAGACAAAACUAACUGGAGUCUACUAAUUUGGGGUAAAUAGUAGUUAUAAACAGUAAGGCACAAGUCAAAGGAAAACUUGGUCACAUGGUACAAUUUCACGUUUGGUGUUUGCUGUAAUGUGACUCUAAAGGUCAAAUGUAUUUAAACAGUAGCUUCUGUUUGAUUAUCAUUUGAUUUAGGUCACACAUUAUGAUGCCGUGUAAAUUUGAAGCUGACUUUGAUAAAAUUGAUCCACUCUUGGAGGUUCCAUCCAUUAUAAUGAUAAACCAUCACCUGCCAGCAGCAUUGCAGCAUCAAUGGCGACUCUUGUUUUCAACUCAAAUUCAUGGUGAAAGCUUCAGCUCAUUUAUUCACCAAAUCAGUAAUCAAGGUCCUGUGCUCAUAGUUGUCAGAGAUACAAAUGGAGGUAUCUUUGGAGGGUUUGCUUCAGAGAGUUGGACCAUCAAGUCUCAUUUUGUAGGUAUGCAAAUUACAUGUAAGCUAUUGUAACAUGCUUGUUGCAAAGGAAUGUUGCUGGAGGCACUUAAAUUUUGUAUUAUUUUGGUCAGGAAGUUUUGAAUGACAACCAUGAUAAAGUUAAUUAAGAUUAAUAUAAUUUUAUUAUAAUAUUUUAUUGUAACCUUUUCUUUCCUAGAAUUACUAAUCAAGACGUGAUGGGUUUCUAACCAAUGAGUAACAGAUAAAAUCCUUUUAAAUUGUGAUAUUUAGUGAAACUUCUUUGACACUACUUUAACAUGGGAUCAACAGGUUUAUAUCCAUGCAGUUUGCUACACAGCAAGAAAUCACUGACCUUCCUUUUUUUAAUUUCCUGCUCUAGAGAAUUUGCUUGGUCAUUUCUUCUGAAAGCAUUUGCAUGUUCAAGUUCUCUGAAGUUCAUUUCUUAAAAACUGCCUGUUUUAAUCCACCUUUAGGUGACAGCCAUUGUUUCUUGUUCAGUGUGAAGCCAACGAUGGGUGUUUAUCAGCCAACUGGCUACAAUGAAAACUACAUGUAUCUUAACAUGGGCAUGCAGACUAUGCCAAAUGGUUUGGUAAGUAGUAAUGAAUUUGGUACAAUUCUAUUAACAGUGCCCUCCUUCCCCCCCUCCCCACCCUUGUUGGGUACAUUUGUUAGGGUAUGGGUGGGAAGUGUGUUUUUGCUCCCUUUGUUAUAUCAAAAAUACAAGUGUUAUUAGGCACAUUUGGCACUAUUUUAGGAUCACACUAGAAAAGAAAGCAAUCACCGUUUCUGUAUCCCGAUCAUGAUUAGAACCCCAUUUCUCGCUUUUCUUUUUCCCCUCCCAAUUCCCGCCCUUUUGUAUUAGAUAAAAUCCGGGUCACGAAAAGCCUGAUGAAAUUGGUCUUCCCUUGAAGACUAACUUUAAAAAGUGUCAAAAGUAACAGCCAUGAGAUUAUAACCUUCUCCGCCUAUAUUUUUUAUCACAGGGUAUGGGAGGUCAGUUAAAUUAUUUUGGCUUAUGGUUGGACGAAAACUUCGGUUCAGGGCACAGUCGCGGACAGCCUUCCUGCACAACAUAUGGCAGCCCGCCGCUUUCAGCAGAAGAAGAGUUUAAGAUUGACAGACUUGAGGCCUGGGGUGUGGGUGUGCCUCCGGAGAACUUGGUAAGCCUGUGCUUUUUUUCUUGCGAUUCUGACUCGAUUAAUUAUGAGAAUGUUUCAAAGGUGUGGUCGCGUGUGUUCAUAUCUGGUGGUGAAAUAGGCUCCGUCAAGAGAGAAUGAGAUCAUUCUCUCUUUUAUUCUCUCUUGGCUCCGUCUAUACGGAAAAAGUUGUCUCGGUUAGAGGGAUCACCCGCCUACCCGAGCUGCCCCGGGUGAUCCAACUUCUCAUACAAAAUCCAACUUCUCAUACAAAACUUAGCGAACCGCUUACGUGAGAAACAAAAAGUUGGCUUGGCGUUUCCAUGUUAGGGUCAUCCUCCUAGUCGGGUCAACUCUUCUCCAUACCUAGGGACCUUAAGAUCAGACGACGGCGACGGCAACGAGAACUUCAUAAAACUAAAAAGAAAUAGGUUAAUUUAAUAAGCAAAACAACAACUUUGCACGUGCGUCACACUUUUUUGUACAUUUCUUUGCCGUUUUUGCACGACUACGACGUAAAAAUGCCUAAUUUUAUGUUUUAUAGGGGACAUAAACAAGUAACGACGAAAUUUUCUUUCUCUUUCUUAACUUGUAUAAGGCUCUUAGGAAUUCAAUCCCAGGAGAGUUCGCGUACUUUCGACAAAGUAAGCGAGAUGAAAUAGUCGCAAUGAAGAUUGAAAAACCGUGAAUUCAUAUUUUAAGCGACGUUUUACCUGCUUUCGCCGUCCUUGCAUCUUAAGGUCCCUAUUUUGGCUCGCCCAGCCGGGUCAACUCGGUCAAGGCGAGACAACCAGAGCACGUGCCAGCGCUGUUGGCUCGGUCAACUUUUUUUGUGAUAUUAUAAAAGCUCCUUAAAGUUGACUCGGCUGCGAGUGUGACCCAUAUAAACAGGGCCUUAACUUACGAUACUAACGACUAUAUACCUUAGCAAAGUAAGUACAUAACUACUAACCAUAACAAUAACGACUCUAACUCUUGCAAAUAUUUUUCUUGAUACUUCACUUGGACUUUGCAGCACUUGAAACAUGUUCUCAUCGAGUGAAACUGUUUUUUUUUUUGCCUUCAAACAGCUAGAGAAAAAGAGCGUUCUGGACACAGAGGUUGAAGCCAAAGCGUUCUUGGAGGUCAUGGGGAAAAAGAUACACAGCGAAGGGUACAGAGAACCUGCAGACUAAAAAUUGGCUCUAAGUCUUGCGUUAAUAUUACUACGAUAGAUGUACCUCGAUAGUUGCAACUAAAAUCUGUGAAGUCUUUCUCUCUUUUUAUAUCUUUUAUUUUCCUAGGCUCUUAUUGUGUAGACUUCUUUGUUUUUUUUUUUGUUUUACGACACCCUUGAAUGUCGCCAGUUUUUACACCAUGGAUGAACCUGUUCAAUGUCACUUUUAUUCCCCACGUUUAUUUACUGUAAAUAUAAUUAGCCUCAGUAUUUCACUUUGCUUUUUUAUUACUUGUGUGCUAAGGUCGUUUCUGGAUGACUGAUUCUGCAGUGCUUCCCAGCGCUGGUCUCCUUGGAACUUUAUUUAAUUAUAGGAUUAAUCAAGGGCAAUUUUGGAGGUGAAAUAGUAAUUAUUUAUCAUUUCCAUUUUGCCUCUGAAGACAAGAAAUUGAAUUUAAUG